GAAUAAACGAGCUUUCAGGUUGAUGUAAUGGAAGUUUACGGAUUUCCGUUUUGCAGACCGGAAGUUUGUUGCUGAACUAUUAUAUUCUGGUUUCAUAAACCAUUGCCAAUGUACUCUAAGUACUUACGUUUUCUUCCUUGUUAUGAACAUGAUGAACAAAGCUCAUGUAUUUUAUCCCCUUCUACAUUAUACAGGGUUUCAAAGGUGUCUUGAAAUAGCUCAACAGUUACCAGAUGUAACUCAAUUUUAACUUUUUUUUGAACUGGCUAUGUAUGCUUUUAUAUUGAGUUGGGGUAGAAUAUGAAACAUUUCUAGUCCGCUUUCUAUUUUGUAGUUUUUUCUCAUUGUUUGUUGAUGGUUGUGUUUGGUUGGGUACAAACAAUAUCGUUGGAAAAAUCCUUGAUUGCGGUAGAUUCGUAUACAUGGUUAUCCCUUUUUCCAUAUUCAUUUUAGAAAGUCCUCAGGAUACAUAUUUUAUCUCGAUAUGCUUAGGCAGCUUCUAGCCUGUAUAUGAAUAAGUACACACAUAUUGGUCAGUGAGUUCUUCAUAAUGCUAACAAUUUCGAAUUUCAUAUGGAAUACCUUCUCAUUUUUUAUUGAUAGCAUCUAAUCAGUUGAAGCCUAAAUUGGACCUAUAUAAAAUAAACAUGUCUAAAAACUUCUCCUACUGCAAAGAUUUACAUUUUUUACUUUAUAACAAAUACAAAGUUGGAUUUCGAUGUUAUUUCAACCUCAGAAAGUGUGAGGAUGCAAUAAGUCAGUUAAAGAGUGAGCAAAAAUUUGAAGAAAAUGUACGAGAUAAAUGGUCUACGGUGAAAGAUGCCGCUGUAAACCUAAAAAAUUUAGAAAAUCAUCAUUUAACUAGCUUAACGGAUGUAAGGAGUCGCAUAACGCGUUGUGAUCAAGCUAUAUCGACAUUAUCACAAAGAACAAAUCAAACAAUUGAAGAAGUACGCCAAUUGGUAGAUACUCAUAAACAUGAUAUAAAUGAAUUGAAUGGUCAACUUAAAUUACAUGAACAUAAGUUUGCUGAAAUAACAAAUCAAAUUGAUCGUGAUAAUGUUAAAUUUAACUCCGCUGUUCAGCGUUUAGAGGAGACAUUAUAUAAACAAAUUGCCGAUGUUGAAAGACGUUUACAACAAAAGAUCAGUGAAUUACAGAAUGAAAUUCAAGUAUCUAUUCAACAAUGUCAAGAUGAAAAAAGAUCCUUAGAAUCACGUUUGCUUGAUAGUAUACACACAAUGGCAGCAAACCUUGAAAAUCGUAUUGCAUUUGUUGAAGAGAAAACAAAUGAAUUAAAAAUUGAUGAAGAAUUAUACGAUCGAGUUGAUAAUAUCGAAGCAAAUUCAUCAAAUUUUAAACAACAAGUUUUGAGAACAUUUAAAGAAAUAGAAACUCGAAUGAAUAAACUUUCUGAUGAUUUAUAUGAACAUCAUAGUCAAACAAUUGAAACAGUACGUGAAGAAAUGCGUCAAGGUUUUCAUACAAUGCAUGAUACAUUAACUAGUGCAAAAUCUGUAUUAGAAAAUAAAUUACGUAUAUCUGAAGAAACAUUACAUAUGGAAUUAAGUCAAUUAAGAAAAUUAAUAGUUUUAGUAUAA